AUGGUCGUUUUGAAUAAAAGGUACACUUUCCAGGUUGGCCAGGCACCUGCUAACGAAAGAACUCUCACCUUGACAUCGGCAUCAAAUGAGGGCUAUUUUAUCUCGUUGAGACCCUUCGUUCAGCCCAACGCAUCUGAAAAAGAGUUUCCCUUUGAAUGGGGGUUUGCUGGCUCACCUGCCAGCGCAAAAAUGGGGAAGAAAGAUGCCGAGACUGAUACCGUUGAUUUUGACUUUGAGUUCGACACCAAUGUCCACUUGAAUCUGGAAAACACCCACAGAGGUGUCAUCAAGACGUUGUGGAAAACGUGGGAGAGUGGAUUGGUCGAAGAAAGAGGACAAGUGUUCCCAUUUGGAGACGAUAAAGAAGGCUUUGAUUUUUUCGAACUUUGGCAACCACUGGACUCCACACGUCCAGGUUUUGUAGUGUUGGAUGACAACAGUGCCGAUCAGGAAAAGGCACGAUCUGUUGUUCUGACCGUCGACACCGAUGAGUAUAAGGGUUUGGUGACUGUCGUGGGAAGAUGGGCUCAAGGGAUCCUAUUCAAGAAGUCAGAGAAUACCAUCAACGGCAUUAACUUCUUGAGAGCUGUUGAGCAACAGGAGGGUUCAUGGAAGACAUUGCUACAAUACGGCUCUGAUUUCAGCAAAUUCCCAAAAUCGUUUGUUGCGUCGCUAGACUCUGCAGUUGAAGGCAACAGUGGGCUAACCUGGAGAGUUGUCGAGUCCAACAUCUAA